GCCCUUUGAUUGACUGAUUCGGGUCUGCUGUUCGCUACUCAGUCGUUUCCAAGUCAAGUCCAACCUCAUUAAUUCCUUGCUGCACUCGGGCUUUACGGGAAGGUGCGAUUGCUGUGUCAUGGAAAUAUCCUAUGGUGGUUUGAUCUGAGCUUGUUGGACCCUUGUUGGAGGACUGUUCAAGAUGGACUCUCACCGCGCAACUCGCCAAUUGUUGGAGUACCUUCGCACUGGCUAUCCAAUACUCCUCCUCCUGGUCUUCAUAUCCGCCUUCGUUGCCAAUUCUGUCCUUGCCGCCAAAAAUGCCAAUAAUUCUCCCACCGCAGCGCAGACAGGUCCUGGCGGGAGACCGCUCCCCAAACGGUCAAGAAGUACGAUGGCAGUCAUGAAAACCCCCCAGAAAUUCUCUCAGAAUACUAGAUCGUUGUUCAGGUGGUUGUCUGUGGGUAUACUAUUGACCGUUCUUGGGGAUGCAGCCGUCAAUGUGGCACAUGUGAUAGUCUCUAGAUCGGAGCAAUGGUGGUGUGGACAGUCCGUUGUGAUCUACGUUGUGGGCUCGUUCUUUGUCUAUUCGAUUAUCCUCGUCUCGUUAUUAGAUACAGAUCCGUCUCCGACAUUUGCGCAGUUUGUCCCUUGGUUGGUAGCAGUGCCCGUCGAAUUAGCUAUAUUGGGUAUCUCUUCCUCGAUCAACGCUGGCAACCAUCAUGAGCCAGUUGUGGGAGAUCCGACUGGGGGUCGUUUGCAGAAAGGCGUGACUUUGUGGGAACUUACGGAGCUCAUCUGUAACUGCGUCAGAGUGCUGAUCCUUAGCACAUUGGUCGCACUUUACGUGUUCAGCUCUAUUAGGAUGUAUUCUAGUUCCAGAAAAGUCCCAAGAGCAUAUGCCAAUGGCGCUUCUGAAACCACAGGGUUGCUGGACCCUUCUCAUGCGGAGAACGGGAACGCUUAUGGCUCAACUCCAGCCAACCAGCAGCCUACUAAACCCGCCGAUGCAUGGGUUCGACCAACUACUGUUCCAUCUACUAGCUGGUGGGAGUAUCUUAGCGGAUAUUCGCUAUUUUUUCCGUAUCUCUGGCCGUCGAAGUCCCGUCGGCUGCAGAUCGUGGUGGUUAUAUGUUUCAUCCUGAUUGUUUUGCAACGUGUUGUCAAUGUUCUGGUGCCUCUCCAGGUUGGAGUUAUCACCCGCAAAUUGACUAAAACGGGCGAUGGCUUUAAUGUACCAUGGUUUGAUAUCUGUCUGUACAUCUUGUUUCGGUGGUUGCAGGGUAACCAGGGCCUGAUCGGUUCAUUGCGUUCCAGUCUUUGGAUUCCUGUGAGCCAAUAUUCUUACAUGGAGCUUUCGACUGCGGCUUUCGAGCAUGUGCACAGUCUUAGCCUUGAUUUCCAUCUCGGCAAGAAGACCGGUGAGGUAUUAUCUGCGCUGAGCAAAGGUAGCUCUAUCAAUACCUUCCUCGAACAAGUCACUUUUCAGGUCGUGCCCAUGUUAGUCGAUCUUUGUGUUGCCAUUGUCUACUUCCUCAUUGCGCUUGAUGCUUACUAUGCUUUGGUCGUCACCAUUGUGACAUUCUGUUAUCUUUAUGUCACUGUCCGCAUGGCACAAUGGAGAGCGGAGAUUCGGCGGCAAAUGGUCAAUGCUUCAAGGCAAGAAGAUGCAGUCAAGAAUGACUCCAUGGUAUCUUAUGAAACAGUAAAGUACUUCAAUGCCGAGGACUAUGAGUUCGGCAGGUACCGAGGAGCAGUAUCGGAUUUCCAACGGGCUGAAUACCACGUUCUAUUUUCUUUGAACCUAAUGAAUACCUCUCAGAAUACGGUUUUUAUGCUUGGACUAUUGAUUGCCUGUUUUAUUGCUGCAUAUCAGGUCUCACUGGGACAGCGGGACGUUGGUGAAUUUGUGUCGCUUCUCACAUAUAUGGCGCAGCUCCAGGGCCCUCUGAACUUCUUUGGCACGUUCUACCGUUCCAUCCAAUCGGCAUUGAUCAACUCGGAGCGGUUGCUAGAGCUUUUCAGAGAACAACCAACGGUUGUUGAUAUGCCUAGUGCUACUCCUUUACCAGUCUGCAAAGGUGACAUUAUCUUUGAGAACGUCAAAUUCUCAUAUGAUAGCCGCAAACCUGCCCUGAAUGGCCUUACUUUCCGCUGUGAGCCGGGAACGACAACGGCCCUGGUUGGUGAAUCUGGUGGUGGCAAAUCCACCGUUUUCCGUUUACUCUUCCGUUUCUAUAAUUCCGAAUGGGGCCGUAUUUUAAUCGACGGGCACGACGUGAAAAACACCACAAUUGAUUCUCUCCGGAAGCAUAUUGGCGUUGUGCCGCAGGAUACUGUGCUCUUCAACGAGACGUUAAUGUACAACCUGAAAUAUGCCAACCAGAAUGCGACAGACGAAGACGUCUACGAGGCUUGCAAAGCUGCCAGUAUACACGACAAAAUCAUGUCCUUCCCAGAUAGAUAUAACACCAAGGUCGGUGAACGUGGUCUACGACUCAGUGGAGGGGAGAAACAACGAGUGGCUAUUGCUCGUACCAUCUUGAAAAAUCCGCGUAUCAUUCUUUUGGAUGAGGCUACAGCCGCGUUGGACACCGAGACAGAGGAACAUAUCCAGGGAGCUUUGUCCACUCUUUCUCGCGGUCGCACCAUGCUUGUAAUCGCUCAUCGACUAAGCACCAUCACGACUGCGGAUCGCAUCCUAGUCUUGCAUGAGGGCAAGGUCGCGGAGAGUGGCACUCACGAUCAACUCCUAGCCAUGAAAGGCCGCUACGCCAGUAUGUGGCGGAAGCAAAUAAGAGCGCAGAGGGCAGCGGCAGAGGCCCAGGUACUUCAAGAUCGUGCCCAGCGCUUGCGCAGUGCAUCCGCCUCGGGCGUUGUCGGAGAUGAUAGUUCUAGCCAGUCUGACGAGGACCGGAAUGGUAACCCUCAUGCGUCUGCGAUCCGACAGACACAGGGCCAUCACUGGCCCGCGCACGAUCAGAAGGCAUAGAGCAGGAACCGAAUACGUCAGCGCGGGGAGUUAUCCCAGGCGUUGUUUUCAGUCACAUAUAAAGAGCUUAUACUUAGAGUGUCCGAGGGAUGAUAUAUCAGUCUGGGGUUGUUUUUGUCCUUUUUUCCUUUUCCCUU